UCGCAAUAUUGUGAAACAAGAACACUCACCUCGACAUAUGAUACUGAGUCGUUCUUAUCAGAAAAUACUAAGUGUAACUUGCUAUGUAGAUAUAUAAACGAACCUUUUUACAUUCAAUUUCUUCUGAAACGGUCGCACAACAAUGAAGUGUUUAACUUAUUUGACACUAUUCGCAUUUCUUGGAUAUGCUUUUGCCAUCCAGACAUACUACUUGGAUCAACGAUGUGGAAGCACCUUGAAUUUUCCUUACUAUUCUCUUGACGCCGUACGCCUUAAGUUGACGUCAAACAUUAAUUACAGGUCCAACAUGGACUGUUUAAUGACUGUUAAUACCACAUCAUCCAAAAAGUUCAUGCUUUAUUUCAAGAGCAUUGCAAUAGAGUCGAGCGUCAGCUGUACCCGAGACUGGCUUGAGGUCUUUGAUGGCCCAAACGUCAAUUCACGCUACGUAUCAGGACUGAGCUACCGACAAUGCGGCUUCUCAAUUAGUUCCCAGGUUUUCAAAACGAGCGGGAACUCCCUCACUCUCCGUUUCCAAAGCGACUCGUCCUUCCAAUACAGUGGCUUUGACAUGGUCAUCACAUCCUACCAUACUGGCUAUUGCUAUUCCGAUGAGCAUGACUGUGACAAUGGGCGGUGUAUCUCGGACACGCUGACAUGUAACGGUUAUAACCCUUGCGGGGAUUACUCAGAUUGCCCUCUGGCGGGAGGGGUCAUUGCUGGAAUCGUCGUUGGCUGCUUCUUUUUCUGCGUCUUCGCCACUUUAUUCCUUAUUAUUUGUCGGCGCAGACGACUCAGAUAUCACCGAGAACCAACUCACGUGCAAGUCGUUGCCAACACGACUCCGGGGUAUGGAACUCCCGGGCAGGGCUACAACCAACCCGUCCCCCAACAAUACGGUGCCGUGCCCUACCCCCAGGGUCAGCAACCACCGACCUACCAGUGAAGGCAAAAAUAGACAGUGCCAUACCACUGGACACUGCACUGCUAAAUAACUGUACACUUUAGUCAUUUUACCAUUUAUAUAUCAUCCAUUUGUUUCCUCCAGCAAAGUGACUGUAUUUUUGGUGCAAUAAUGUUUUUAUUUCUUUUUUUUUGCUAUUUUGACGUACAGUGUAGUGUUAUAAAUGUUCUAUAUUACGAAAACCAAUGCUCUCAUUCAUAACCAAAUAAAUAAAAGUUUAAAUAACCA